CGGCACAAAGCCCACAAACAAAAUGACCGGAACCAGAACCAUGCGCACUGCCUUCCUCAGGCAUCCUAUGUAACGUUAUGAGUCUAAUAUAUUUGGGGAAGUUUCCAUCUAUCUUCCGUGGCUUACAUCUGAGGACUUGGCUUAGAUGGGCUGCAUCUCUGGAUGUUUAUCAUUUGAACCUCAAGCUCAUAUAAAUAGAUGCUGAACCUUAGGAAGAGAGAGAAAAAAUGCCUACUGGAGCAGACAUCAAGGAGAGAGUGGGAGACAGUUCCCAUGACAGCAAUUCAAACAUGACCCAAGAACAAUCCUUCAAGAAAGGUUUUUGUUCACUGCGGCAUUGCCUGGCCUUCAUCUUGCAGCUCUGUAAUUUUUCGAUCUAUACCCAACAAAUGAACUUGAGCAUUGCCAUAACAGCCAUGGUGAACACCACAGCAGCAACCAGCCAGCCCAACAUUUCCACUGAAAGACCCCCCACUGACUCACAGAACUUAUGGAAUGAAACAGUACAGGAAUCUAAGGCCCCAGUGUAUGACUGGACUCCAGAGAUCCAGGGUAUCCUCCUCAGCUCCCUGAGCUACGGGUCAUUCUUAGCUCCGAUCCCCACUGGCUAUGUGGCUGGAGUAUUUGGAGCCAAGUAUGUGGUUGGAGCGGGUUUGUUAAUUUCUUCAGUGCUGACUCUCUUCAUUCCACUGGCGGCCGACACUGGAGUAGCCUUGCUCAUUGUCCUUCGGGUCAUCCAAGGCAUUGCUCAGGUUAUGGUAUUAACAGGUCAGUACUCAAUAUGGGUCAAAUGGGCUCCGCCAUUGGAAAGGAGUCAACUCACCACCAUUGCUGGAUCAGGGGCAAUGCUUGGGACCUUCCUUGUCCUCAUUGCUGGUGGUCUUCUUUGCCAGACCCUCGGUUGGCCUUAUAUCUUCUACAUCUUUGGUGGAAUUGGCUGUGCCUGUUGCCUGAUCUGGUUUCCUCUCGUAUAUGAUGACCCACAGAAUCACCCCUUUAUCAGUGCUGGUGAGAAGAGAUACAUUGGGUGUUCACUGGCUCACGAGGAUUGCUCACCAGGCUGGUCUCUUCCAAUUAAAGCCAUGGUCAAAUCUCUCCCACUUUGGGCUAUUGUAGUUUCUUACUUCUGUCAGUAUUGGCUGUUAUCCACAAUGAUGGCAUACACACCCACGUAUAUCGGCUCUGUACUUCAAGCAAACCUCAGAGACAGCGGAAUCUUGUCGGCCCUGCCAUUCGUGUUUGGCUGUGUCUGCAUUAUCCUGGGGGGACUACUGGCAGAUUUUCUCCUCUCCAGGAAAAUCCUCCGACUCGUGACUAUCAGGAAGCUCUUCACUGCAAUAGGGGUCCUUGUCUCAUCUGGGAUCCUCGUGCCCCUGCCGUGGGUCAGCUCUAGCCGCAGCACCACAAUGGCCUUCUUGGUUCUGUCGUCUGUCUUCUGCAGCCUCUGCGACUCAGGGGCCCUCAUAAACUUCUUAGAUAUUGCUCCAAGGUACGCUGGCUUUCUCAAAGGACUACUGCAAAUCUUUUCGUAUAUAGCGGGAGCCGUAGCUCCUACUGCUGCUGGAUUUUUUAUUGGUCAGGAUCCAGAGCUUGGCUGGAGAAAUGUCUUCUUACUGGCAGCUGCUAUUGAUGUUGUAGGCCUGCUCUUCUACCUCGUCUUCGGCCAAGCAGAGGUCCAGGACUGGGCUAAGGAACAGACCCAUCUCUGAGAAGAGUGAGCAAUGUGUGAGAUCCUGAUACUUCCCUUCAAAGACCUGCUUUUGUGACUACUUGGCUGCUAAAGACAUCUAACCAAAAGGGGCUUUGUUCCAGGGUCAUCUCAGAGAUCCUGGCUAGAUGAUACUAAAGGCAUUCCUCCCCCCCCACACACACACAAUUGGAGGUCUCACAAGGGAAGGGAACGGUUGGUUGUUUAGAACUGUAACUGUAUGCUCCUGGUAGCACAGGUGUGUCCAACUUUCUAUGAAUCCUCUAUACUUUCCCCUGUUGCCAUGGUAAAAGCAUCAGGGGUUGGAAGAUAAUUUGCAAUAAAACUGAAGAGGAAGUCAGAAGUACAGGAGUGAUGUGUUGAAACCAUGGGAGAGUGGUACCAUGAACUCUGUAAGCUGCCAGCAAUAGAGACUUGACAACCUGGACAACAGAACAUCUACAGGGGCAGGAGGCCAAAGUGGACAGUGGCUCUCAUGUUAAGUGAGAGGGUUAAAGAGCCAUUGUGAGUCUUGGUGUGUGCAGAGUGUCUAAG